CCGCUUCCGGGGCGGCGGCGGGGAAGAAGGGGAGGAGGAGGAGGAAGGUCACCCGUCGGCACCAUGGGCCUUCACUUCGGGAACCUGGCGCGGGUUCGCCAUGUCAUCACCUACAGCCUCUCGCCCUUCGAGCAGCGCGCCUUCCCCAACGUCUUCUCCCACGGGCUGCCCAACAUAUGGCGGCGGUUCAGCUCCCAGGUCUUCAAGGUGACUCCCCCCUUUGUGGCAGCUUAUCUCAUUUAUUCGUGGGGAACGCAAGAGUUUGAGAGACUGAAGAGGAAGAACCCCGCCGACUAUGAAAACGACCAGUAACCGAGUUAACAAGGAGAUUGUUACCUCACGGUAUCAUCAACUGGGCGUUGCUCGGCUUGUUCAUGUGACUAGAAGGGGAUUAAGAGGGAGAUAAAUCAGGUCUAAUAAACUUUAACUUUGCCCCAUGA